CUUGGUUAUCGCGUGCCGCUCGUUUCUACGGCUUUCGCGUCGUGCAGUCAAUGUUUGUACGCCGUAGAUAUCACCUCAGUAUCCAACUUCGCCUCCCUCCUCGGUCUAUGGCUGUUGGAAAAUAUUAGUUUUGUUAGCCGAUGCCACUCCUUUAACAUUUAUUUGUUGUUUGGCCUUGGUUAUGUGAUCAGGUCAUUUCAAGUUUUGAAAGUGGAAUGAUGCAUUUUCGUAAACGGCGUCCCGUUUCGUGCUAAUAAUAAUGACCCUUGGAUGCUGGACAGUGACAAUCCUGGAAGUUAUUCCGAUGUCUUUCUGAUUUGUUUCUUCUAACAAACGGGGAUGCCGGUUGUUUACCAGGGUCCCCGUACGGGUGAGCCACUAUUCGAACAAUUUGGCGAGUCUCCGUUGAUCACGGCUGUGCUCACUUAUGCCGGCUUUAUGCUUCUGAACUUGCUUGGUCGACUACAAGAUUUUCUACGUUGGUGCUGCAUACUUCAUUGUCCAAUGGUUAGCGAACCAAAACGCACUCGAUCCUUUGUGCCACUGUACUCUUCUUACGAGGCAUUUUACACUCGGAAUCUAUACAGGCGGGUACAGGAUUGCUGGAACCGUCCGAUCUGUUCCUCUCCCGGGGUAGAGAUCACUGUGUUACACCGCGUUACCAAAGAUAACGGAUGGACUCUCGAGUUCACAGGUGAAAAAAAGCGUAUUCUUAACUUGGGCUCCUAUAAUUACCUGGGCUUCGGCGAUCCUCAUGGACCAUCUGUUGACGUCAACGAACGAGCCACGCGUCGCUUCGGGGUGGGAGUAGCCAGCCCAAGACAGGAAGUCGGUAGCCUCAUUCUCCACCAGGAGCUGGAAAACUUAGUUGCAGAAUUUGUCGAUCAGGAGGCCGCCAUUGUGUUCAGCAUGGGGUUCGCCACCAACUCGAUGAACAUCCCAUGUCUGGUGGACAAGAAUUCUUGUGUCAUUAGUGACGAACUAAAUCACACAAGCCUCGUGCUGGGCUGUCGUCUCAGUGGAUCGGUGAUUCGGCGAUUCAAGCAUAAUGAUAUGGAAGACUUGGAACGUCUUCUAGAGGAAGCGGUCGUCUAUGGCCAACCGAAGACACACAGACCGUACAACAAGAUUCUGGUUGUGGUUGAGGGUAUUUAUAGCAUGGAAGGCAGUAUCGUACAUCUUCCCGAAGUGAUCGCACUGAAGAAAAAGUACAAAGCCUAUUUAUAUCUGGAUGAAGCACAUAGCAUUGGCGCACUUGGUCCUCGCGGUCGCGGAGUUGUGGACUACUUCGGUGUGAACCCUCGCGACAUCGACGUCUGCAUGGGGACAUUUACCAAAAGUUUCGGUUCUUCUGGUGGCUACCUGGCAGGCUCACGUCGUCUAAUUGAUUAUCUGCGUUCGUGCUCUCACAGUGCCGCUUUUGGUGGCAGUAUGCCGGCCCCAGUGACUCAGCAGAUCAUCACGGCGAUGCGAGUGGUGAUGGGCCGCGAGCACCCUGGUGAGGGUGAGAGACGAAUCAGGCAGUUGGCCCAAAACACGCGCUACUUUCGAGCUCGGUUGCACGAAAUGCGCUUGCUGGUUUAUGGGAAUCGAGACAGUCCUGUGGUGCCCGUCAUCGUGUCGGUUCCGGCGAAGCUCAUAGUUCUGUCUCGCAAGUGCUUAGAAGCUGGCUUGGGCACUGUGAUUGUCGGAUUUCCGGCCACGUCGUUAUUGUUAUCCCGAGCUCGGUUCUGCAUCUCCUCAAUGCACACUCGCGAAAUGCUAGAUAAAGCGUUGACAAUUCUUGACGAAUCGGUGAGCGAGCUGCAAAUCCGGUACUCCAAACUGCCAGUUCCCAAAUGGGCUGAAGAGUUGUUGGCGAAGGAACGUGGUCGUAUGUCACAACACCCCACUCGGGUAUCGGUUGAACGCCCGAUUAAAAUGCCACUAACGAACGGAGCGGUUCCAAAGCGAAUGCUCGCCUCCACAGAGGAUACAAAUGGAUCAUUCAAGAAGCGACAAUAA